GUCAUCGCUGACGUCACGAUCCGCGAGGUUCUCCCUUGAGCGGCUGGCUGGACGUAAAGAGAAGCGUAGCGGAGAGUCGCUAGUGGAGCCGAGCGGAUUGGUACGGCGGGGCGCGCGCUGUGAGUGGAAGGCAGCCGCCCGAUGAGACGAAGGAGCCGGCGACUGACGGGCACAAGCACACGCCUCGCCGAGAGAAGACGCGUCGGCAGCGUGCCUGAAAUGCACGGAUCGGCCGGGCAGCAGUGAAGUGUGUGGCGAGUCUCCGAUCUUGGCUUUUCAAAUAUUUGAGAUGGGGCCGAGUUACCAGAUCGAGAGGUGUCUACAGGCUCGUGGGGAAGAAUAAGACCAUGGACGGAUAGAGCAGGAAGCACAUGUGACUGGAUACAGACAUCCAUCUUUUUGUAACAUCGUCUGGCUUCAUCCGGGAAAAAGGCAUCAGUGGGUACCAGGAUGGCUUUGACCUUAGAAGAAGCUCGCAGGAUGGGCUGGUUGCUGCUGAAGGGUGUGCUCCGUUUCACCUUCAUGGUCCUCAACAACCUUGUGGCCAUCCCUUCUUACGUUUUCUAUCUGAUUCUGCUUCAGCCUCUUCGGCUGCUGGACAGUCCUACUUUUUGGUACAUUGAAGGAGUGAUGUUUAAGUGGCUCCUGGCCAUGGUCUCCUCCUGGGGCUGGUCCGCAGGAUACACAGUAAUGGAGUGGGGAGAUGAUGUCAGACCAAUAACAGAAGACGAAGCCAUGGUCAUAGUAAAUCACCAGUCAACAGGAGACGUUUGCACCCUAAUGAUGUGCCUACAGGACAAGGGGACGGUGGUCCGCAAGAUGCUGUGGUUAAUGGAUCAUAUAUUUAAAUAUACAAAUUUUGGAUUGGUCUCUUUAAUUCAUGGAGAUUUCUUUAUCAGACAGGGUAAAGCACACCGAGACCAACAGCUAGUGCUGCUAAAAGACCACUUAGACAAGUAUUAUCACAGCCGGGAUCGUAAGUGGAUUGUGCUCUUCCCAGAAGGUGGCUUUCUGAGAAAAAGACGGGAAACCAGCCAGCUGUACUCUAAAAAGAAUAACCUCCCGUUCUUGACGCACGUGACUCUCCCCAGGAUAGGCGCCACGCAAGUCAUCCUCAAGACGUUAUGUCCGCAGCAGGAAAACGGGAGCUUUGCAGGUGCCGAGGAGACGAGAGCAGCAAGCAAACCAAAGGGCUUACAGUGGGUCAUUGACGUCACCAUCGCUUACUCCAGAGCCAGACCGAUGGACAUUCAGACCUGGAUUCUUGCCUACAGAUCGCCUGCAGUCACACAUGUACAUUACAGGAUCUACCCAAUUAAAGAUGUCCCGUUAGAAACAGAGCCACUCACCAACUGGCUUUAUCAGCGUUUUGUAGAGAAGGAGGCGCUCCUGGCUCAUUUUUAUGAAACAGGUGCUUUUCCACCUCCGAAAGGCCAGCAUGAAGCCCAGCCCAAGGAGAUGACUCUUGACCCUAAGUGGCUUCUACUUGUACAAUCAUUUGCCUUUGCGUCUGGCUACUUUUGGUACAAUGUUCUUCAGUAUUUUUAUUACUGCUUCUUUUAGGCGACACUUCAAAAGAUUGAUUUCACAAAUAACUGGAACUCAAGUUUUAAAAUUUAGGGCCCAAAAACAUCAUGAUGGUUUUCUUGUGUGAAUGUAAAUCUUGAAGAUGAAACGUCACCAUCUUUACAACAAAAUGAAAGACCAGAAAACUUAAAUCAAGAGGAUGACCAGAACCGAAGAGCAGGAUACUCACUUGUCACGUACGCAGUCAAUCUAUGAGGGGAGUCCUGGGGUGCGACGCAACUGGGCUGCCCACCUUAUAAUGAAAGAAAAAAAAAAAUCUUCACAAAGGGGGAUUUUCUCAGUUAUCUAGAACUACACUAUAGUCUUGUCUACUGUACAGCAGAGACGCCCAGAGAUUUUGUGCAGAAGAAGCUUUUUAUUUUCCUUUCAUAAACCUUACAAAAACUGCCAUAGCUGUGGUGUUUCCAGCAAAAGUUCUGCUGUUGUUUAGCAGCUACCUGAACCAUUUAGCAUACGUUAUUGCACUAUAGAUGUACCAGGAAGACGUGAAGGCAGCUGUGAUGAAGAAAGGUUUGCGCAGCGACUUGCCCCAUUUGGUUGAAGAUUUGCCGCCCACUUUGGAAGUGUCUGUUGGAUGCUUUUGUUUCCUGUUCACAGUGGGAACCCCUGCUCAAGGUGAACUCGAAUCAUGCUUAUUAUCUUUGUCAGAUCAAACGUGUAAAACUUUGUUCCCCGGCCACCUGCCUACAGCUGUUUUGUCGGCGUCGACCCAAGGAGCAACAUCCCGCCAACGGAAAGUCUCAAAACACUCGAUUGUCUUUUGCUUAAUAAAGCGAGCAGGAAUGUGAAAUGAACUUGCCACCGCGUGUCACCUGGAACUUAUUUCUUUGGACCAGAAUAUUUGCCAAGCUGGAACUAAACCUUCACUGAAAUGCCAGGUUUGGAAACGCAGAGAUCACCGUCUGAAAAAGAAAUGGCGUCGAGUGUCAAAAGUCUUGGUGAUACAUAGUCAAGAAAUCUGUCCGUGUUCCCCAGAGUUCCUGUGUCUCUGUGUACGUCUUCUAGUCCUGAUAUGUCAGAUCACUAUCUGGUGGGGGGGGGGGCGGGGGGGAAUUGGGUUGGAAUUCCUUAUUUCAAUUAAUAAGCUUCCAGACUGACUUUUUAUUAUUAUUAUUUUUUUUUUUUUUUUUUUUAUCUCUUAUCCACUAUAAAGAGCUGUGCAGUGUUCUGCUGCUGCCAGACAGGUCCAUGGGUGUAAUUAGCUGGACAGAAUAUCCUGUCUGUAUGCAAGUGUGGCUGUGUGCUGAGGCACAGAAUUCUCUUGUUUUUAAAACAUAUAAAUGUUCAAACAUGCACAACUGAGUGACAUAGAUAAAACAGACCUAUGGGAAGAAGA